AGGAAAAGAAAUGAAAGGGAUAAAAGAAGCGGGAGCAAAACAUGUCAAGCGCAGCACGAUGCGCUUUUACACGGUAGCGCCAGCUUCUGGUUCACUCGUUACUAACACUACUCUUUUGGCUCCUGUUUGACUGUGAAAAGAUAGAAUAAGUGGUGUGUGUUGUGUUGGAUAAACGCGUCGCGCUAUAACGUGGAUAUUUUAUAUAGUUAGGAACGUUGUCAGUCGAUUUAACGAAGCUUUCGUGAUAAUAUUGCUCGUUUGACGUCCAGCUCCCGCUGAUAUCCAGCGACACGGUCUUUCAUUUUAAAUAUAACGGUGUAUAAAUAAGUAUGAGCAAUAGCAGGAAUACGCGGAGCUCAACACGAACGUAUACAUUUUUCUGAUACGCACGUUUGUGAAUUAUCGAUCAUCGCCCCGAUAUUUUUCUAUUUUCAUCGGAGAUCCAAGAUCAAGGGUGCAUCAUCAAAUGUUCUCAACAUUUAUGACUUUUUCUUUGACGUUUACCGUAUAUGUUCUUUGUGCGUGGGUAUGCAGUACCGAAACACCAAGAAACACUUGAAUCCAAAGUCUGUCAGGAAUUUGGAAUAUACCUUUGUUUUUGGAAGAACGUAUUUGGAUUAAAAGAGUUCUUUUAAACGAUGAAUACUUGUUGUGCACUGACCAAGGGCUGCUCAGUUUGCCGCUUGACCCAGUUUUAUAAAAAAAAUAUACACAAUGCUGUUCUUCCCGAACUGGUUACAGCCGCAAGGCGUGCUGGACGAUGUUGAGAAUUGUUAUGGGAUCAGUACAGAUUCCUGUAUAAUGUUCGAGGAGUUCUGCAUAUUUGCCGCAGAACUGGCACUUCUGUGCGAAAGAGGAACAGUCGUUCCUAUGAGCACCUCUCAUUUUUUACACUGUGAUGGAAAGGAUACUAAUCACAAAAUUGGUUCAAAGAGAAUGGCAUAUGAGGUAUUUUUGGGUGGCUCUUGUAAUCCAACCACCUGGAGGUCAGAGAUAGCAAUACCGACACUUCAAAGACUUGGAAUUACUUACUAUAAUCCUCAAGUAUCACAAUGGGGCCCAGAGCUUAUAGCUCAAGAAUAUGAAGCAAAACAAACAGCACGUGUUCUGCUUUUUGUAAUUGAUAAUCAAACUCGUAAUAGUGCAGGAAUUAUAGAAGCAGCUCAAUUGGCAGCAACUAGGAGUGAAUCUCUGAUUCUUGUAAUUUACCCCUACCGGCAAGAUCAGACUAUACUUGGAGAAAGUGUUUCAUCACAGGAAUACUAUGAUUUAAUGAAUGGAUUACUUGUACUUCAAUAUUUUAUGGAAAGAAAUAGGAUACCUAUAUUCGAAAGUGUGUCGAUUGCUCUAAAUUGUACAUCUAAGGUUUUGCGCGAACAAAUAAACGUACAGGACUUACACGCUGAUGAUGGGGUGAGACCUAUGAGAAUCUCUCUAAGUCAAAAUGGGUCCGAUAUAAUUAUGUUAAGAGAGAUUUUUAAAUCUUUGGACAUUAAUGAUAGUGGUACAAUAAGUUUAAGAGAAGCUUGGGUAGCCUUACAGACAAACACAAAAUGUAAUGUGUCAGUUUCAGAUCUGCUCAAUGCUGUAAAUAAAUCAGAAACGUACAGAAGCGUGAUCGAUGGCUUUUCGGGGAAGGGGAGUGAUCCAGCAGAAUCGCGGAUAAACUUCGAACAGUUUUACACAUUAGCCAGCGAAGCUUCAUGGCGGAUGAAGAACAAUGGAGUUUCUUGUGAAAGUGAGAUACCUUCAGUUUGGAGUAUAUUAUGUAGGAAGGCCUCAAAAUUUCUACGCAGAGCUAUUGUACACCCUUUUACGCGUUUCUUAGAUUGGACUAAUUCCUUAAUACCAGAGUCUGAAAAAAGAGACCUGUAUGUUGGAGUGGUCACUAAAGAUCUGUAUUGGUUAGAAUCUUCUGCAGCUCCAUUAAUUGAGUCUAUGGGUUUGACUCUAUAUCGACCAAGCCUGAAUGAGUACAACGUAAGGGUAUUGCCACAUGAGUUACAAAAGAUGAAAAAUUCGCGGUUAAUCCUAUUAAUUGUACCGCAGCACUCUCGUGGCAUUGCCUUAAUGGCAUUAGCAGCUCACAUGAUUGGAAUACGUGCUAAGCUUGUCCUGUGCGUUCAAACUCUUCCUGAAGGUUGUAUUAUUUCUGGUGAAAAGUUAACCGAACAAGCCACGAAAGACUAUAAUCGGGGAAGGAUGUACCUGUCGGAUUAUGCAAAGCGCGAAGGUGUACCUGUUUUUCAGAAUAUCGCUGAUGCACUGCAACAUGCGAUACAGCUAGUUCAAAGUCCCUGUUGACUUAACUCCUCUUCUUCUUUUUUUUUUUUUUCUAUUUUUUUUUUUUUUUUCGUACGAAUAAGAUCGAUUAAUUCAACGAUUAAUUUAUUUUUAUUAUACGAUGUCCAACUACCAUUUGAGAUUUACGGUGAGACAACGGGUAGAGACAAUACAAAUUGUUUAUCAUUCUUGUUUCUACAAAUGUUAACUAAAAACUUAUAUUAGUAUUACUGACAUUUCGAGAUAAUAAUAAUAAUAAUAAUAAUAAUAAUGAUA